AUGACAGCUAUCGUUAUCCCUUCUGAAUAUGGCUAUGUACUUGCUGUCGCUGUCGCCAGUACUCUUCACCUUUUCAGUAUAGGCUUCAAAGUUAGUGGUGCACGUAAAGCUGCUAAAGUACCAUAUCCAUAUGCUUACGCGGAGAGAAGUGAAGCUGAGAAGGAUCCUAAAAAAAACAUUUUUAACUGUGCGCAACGUGCCCAUCAAAAUUCUCUUGAAUUGUUCCCUAUCUUUAGUACUUUAUUGUUGGUCGGUGGCCUUAAAUACCCUCAAUUGUCAGCCGGCGCCGGCGCCUUUUUCCUUUUGGGGCGUAUGUUUUAUGUGAACGGGUAUGUUAGUGGUGAGCCUAGCAAACGUAUGCGCGGCAUUUGGGGUAUGUUUGGCAUUGCCACUCUUUUAGGCACCUCUUGCGCUACUGUUUAUCAUCUCCUCAGCAAUUAA